UCUCCCUUUCUCUCUCAUCUUCUCUCUCUCUUACUGUCUGUCUGUCUCUUCAUCUUCAUCUUACUUACUAACUUACUUUCCUUGCGUUACUUUAGCGAUGUGAUUUUUACCUUCAAAGUGUUUCCAUGUUUAUACUUUCAUGAGCAUGUCUUCAUUGAUUCAUUGUAUUACCAAUAUCAUUGACUAUUUAUUAUCAUUGACAGUUGACAAAACCUUUUUACCCAAUUUGUGAUCAACAGUUACAAAAGGUAACAACAUUAAUUGUUAUGACUCUUUAAAAUGACAUUAAAUUCAUUAAUUGAAAUCAACCAAAUGUUCAUUAGUCAUUCACCGGAUAAAAUCAACAACGGUAAACAACACCAAACAUACAAUCAACCUUCAAAUUUCACGUGAUUAAUAACUUAACCAUAAUCAUUAUUAAAGAAUCAUCAAAUUUCCUAACCAACACCAACAUCAUAAUCACAAAAUCAUCAAAACCCAUUAAAACUUGUUUACUCAACCAGUGCCUUUAAACAUCAUCUUCAAUUGUUAUUUUGUUUUAUUUUUUGUUCAAAAAAAAAAAGUAAAAGUUUAUUAUUAUUUUUUAUUGAUAUUAUUUAUUAUUGAUUACCAAUUAAUAUAUUAAAUAGUUACAAUUGUAAAGUAAUUCAACACCAACAAUUCAAGGAAAAACAUUCAACUGUUGAUCAAGUUGACCGUUAACAAAAACCAAGAGAAUAAGCUAAAUCAAUCCUUUAAUUGCGAUGUUAAUCAUCAAUGGAUCCAGCUACGGUGGCCAUUGGAAACCGUUAACAUCAUUAUUAUCAUUAUUUUCAUUAAUAUCAAUCAUAUCAACAAAUUCAUUGUUUUAUCGUUUCAUUAAGGAGAAACAUUAUAUCAUCACAAAACAAUAUGAUUCAAUAUUGAAAAAAUGUGACUCUUGGCAAGUUUGCAAUAAAGUGGAUACUUAUUCAACUCCUUGGAUUGAAAAACAAUGCCGUUGUCCAAACAGUAAACCUUGUUCAUCUUCCCUCAACCCAAAUGAUGGACGAACGAUAGUUGAUAAAACAAAACAAUACAAGAUUUGUGAAUCGGCCAAUAAAUUACCAGUUUGUCGACAUUUUCGUGAUGUUACAUGGACAUUGACCAGUUUUCCUGAUAACCGAACCCAACAAAUAAUGGAAUGUGUCUGUCCUAAAAAUAGCAUAGCAUAUAUAUUUAAACAUGAAGCAUUCCAGGUUGGCCAAGGCAUUGCUAACAGAUAUUUAUUUGCCUGUUCACCAGAAAGUAAAAUGAAAUGCCAUCGUAAAGAACCUUGUCGAUUAUUUACCGUUAUGAAACGAACCGAUUUCGAGGAAGUAAACACAAGUACACUUUGUAAUUGUGGACCUCGUCAUUACUGUCCAGCUCAUCAUAUACAUCCCAAUGUGAUAGUAACAGCACCUUAUCCAUUGGACAAGAUUAAAACUUAUAGUGGUUAUUGUGCGCCUUUACAAACAUAUGGAAAUUUAACUUAACCCGUUUUUUGAAAAGCCAAGCGAGAGCCGCAAAGCAACAACUAACAACGACACACAAACGUAUAGCCAAAGGUUAACCUAGUUUAAUAUUAAUGACAAAAUUUUCAUUGAAAAUGACAAACAACGGAAACAAACAAACAAAUAAACAAACAAAACGAGAAAACAAACUUGGCAAAACAAAAAGCACACAGCAAACAUUGGGAAGGAAAACCAGAAAUAUCAAGACAAAAACAAUAGAUUUUAAGAAGAAGAAGAAUCUCUUUUUUUCCCUUUUUUUUGUUUUCUCUUUUACUUUUCUCUCUUCCUUUCCCUUGACCCUUCAUGGUAAUAUUGGACGGUGGACAAAGCCAUUGAUCAAAUACAGAAUCACGGCUUCGAUCCAGCAAAAAUACAUAUUAACAGUUUAAACAAGGUACGCGAAAAAAUAAACUACCCAAAAAGACAUCAACAAUUGAAUGAACAAGUGAAAAUGUUUCUUACAAGCAAACAGCAAACGUCAACAGACACAAAGCCCGCAACUUGGCCCAACACACAUUAAAAAUGGCAAACAGUGAAACAAAUUAAACCAAAGGAGGAGUUAACUCAAUAGAUUACUAUCCCAAAAUUUUUGUUGGGACCAUGCUAAUAGACUAUUCAAUUGAAUGGCUCCAGAAAAGAUGACUACAACAAAAGUGGAACCUUUCUUCUUAAUCUCAUCUUCAUUCCAUUCAUUUUAACCUUGCUGUUUCUCGUGGACAUCACCAUCAUCAUCAUCGGCAUCAUCAUCGUUAUUAUUCCUCUUUUUUUAUUCUUCCUCUGCAAUUCGCACUUUUUGUAACUAUUUAUUCACAGUAAUAUAUUAUCGUAAUUGAAUGGAGCAAAAAAUAAACGACUAAUUUUGCUUUGG